AUGGCAUCACCACAAGUGAACGCACUACGAGGCUUGCUUGGGGAACUUCGGAUUUUUCUCUUUUUCUGUAAAAUAUUUGGUUGUGCUCCAGUUUACAUUAACAGUGAGAACACUCGAGUGAUAGUGAGUAGGAAGGCUAAAUUUUACAAUUUAUCUGUAGCGCUGGUGCUCCUUUUCUAUACCCUUUAUGACUUAAAAGUAAGGCUGACAGACAAAACGAAAUAUUCAGACCGUUUAUCGUUGUUCUGUGACUUAUGCAGCCUUAUAUUUGCGACAAGCGCUGCUUUGACAUUCAUUCUGUGUAGCUGUACAUUGAAGCAAAGAGAUGUUGACACAUUUUGCUUAAGGCUAAUUUCGAUGGACACAUACAUGAACCACAUCAAGCACACAGCGUUACUGCGUUUGGGAUCUUCCCACAAAAGGGCUACAGCCUCACUGAGCGUAUAUUUCACUGUUGCAACAGGUUAUAGUUUUUUUCUUAUAGAAAAGUCAUAUUAUUUUUUGCCAGUAAUGCGUGUUCUUUACAUUCAGGCUCUGACAAACAUCAUAACGAUACAGUUUCUUGUCUUCAAUUUGCUCGCAAGAAGAGGGUUUGGGCAAGUCAAUAAGUAUUUACUGCAGCUGUUCGGUAUGCAUACAGAAGAUGUGCUCACUAUCAAGAUUACAGAAGCAUUAUGCUCUUACUCAGUAAAUAAAGCUUCGCAACGUGAGAAAUAUUUAUUCGUUAGCUACAUCCAUUUACAUACAACGUCAAUAAAGACUGACGAUGAAACACCUUUCAAUGAAGCACUACAGAAUUAUGAAAUUUUACUUACACGGAAAAGUUUCAAGCUGCUGAGAAUGCUACGUAAAGUUUACUGCCUCCUUCAUCAAACCGCAUUGUCUGUAAACAAUGCUUACGGUGUGCAAAACCUGGUAGAAAUUUCCAGCUAUUUUGUAGGUAUUGUCGUGAACAUGCACUUACUUGCUGUCAGUGUAUUUGAUUCAGGUGGUAGUCUGCGAGAGCCACUGAAAACACACAAGUUACUUAGGUUGUCACUAUGGACUGGCCUGAUGGUUCUUCGCUUGAUGAUCAUAGCCUACAGCAGCGAGAUGAUUGUUCAGGAAGCUAACCGCACACAGCGGCUGGUCACCAAACUUCAGAUGUUACCAGUGCCUGCUGGUAGUGGCUGCCAGGAAGAGCUGCAGCUGUUUGAGGAACAACUGGCGCGCAGUCCACUACACUACAGCGCAGCUGGGUUCUUCACACUGGAUGUGUCGUUGCUGAAGAGUUUCGUGGCAGCUAUAACGACCUAUUUGGUCAUCCUCAUCCAGCUAGAAAUUCCUGAUACAAAUAAGCAGCAGUACAAUGUUACUGGCUCCGUUUCUCAAGGAGGGGGAUAA